CCUGCACUAAAAAUUUCAGUAUUGAACAUGCAUGUGAUUUCCACUUUUCUACACCACUGACCUUCAUCAAAGCUUCAACAUGAUACAAAAAAGAUCAUGUGUUGGAUAAAAUUACAGAAAAUAUAUUUUUUCUUUCAAACCAACAUAAGGGCAGUAUCUAUUUUUUUGCCAUAAAGAAAUACCCGUGCAGGUGUCAAAUGCCGAGACGUCUCAACGUAUUAUGUUAUGAUUACUUUCGCAAACCAGCAAAACCAGACUAUUGGCCUUCUAGUCUGGUUCUCUAAUGUGAUGUGUUAAUGCCAUCAGAACAUCGCUAUACAAGCUUAGGCAUGAGACUCAAUUUGUCAACAUGAAAAUUCAGGAUAAUGAACUUGCUUGAAGAAAUCAGUUUUGGAAAGUCCUACGCUGAUUUCAUUCCAACGAAAAAAUCAACGAAUAAGUCCUCAAAAAUGUCUGACCGUAGAUCCCCAGUUCCCCCAGCAUGCCCAGUCCCUCAAGUCGCCCCUCAGCAAGCGGAGCCAACCAGAGAGUAUGACAUUAUUGACGAUGAUGCCGUCGCGAGCACGGAACACGGCGUGACUUCCGGGAGUAACGCCCGGUUAGGCCGGAGAGUUCUCGGCCAAGUAGGCCAGUCCUUACACGCUAGCGCCGACAUGAUUUUCCGGAAAGGUGGAUACGCGGGAGAAGAUGAGGACGCGACGCAGGAAACUCAGAGCAACAGAUCAAUUGAAAGAGACAAAUCAGAAUGUGUUACAGCACUGGCAAGACAUCCAGUUAUGCCGGGAGAAAGUGAAAGGGAGGUGCAUGAUCAGCUGAGUUCCCAUGGCAACGAGAUGGAGUUUGGAUCAGCGAUUCAUGAACCAGAGCCAGAUGUCCCUGCUCUUAAUUUACCCCAUGUGAACUGCCCUGAAAAGAUUGUUAUCUGCAUAGAUCUUGCCACAGAAGUCAACAGACUUCCCUUCGUCACUAAAGAUGGGUCUGCACAUCAACCACUGGAGAUGAUCAAAAAAGCUUUGAACUUGUUUGUGGAGACGAAGAGUGCGAUCAACGCUAAACAUGAGUUUGCAUUAGUCCUCCUACAGGAGAGUGCAUUGUGGAUUCAGGACUUCACAUCUGACGUGGAUGAGUUUGUCAAUGUCCUACUGGACUUGACGAAUGACACCACGGAGUGUGAACGCUGUGACUUGUCGUCACUCUUUGAUGUCAUACAUGAGAAGGUUCAGCCUCCCGUAAUUGACGAUAUCGAGUGCCUACCACCACCAUACAUCAUCAGGACACUAUUUGUGUACGGACGCUCAAACUGCAUUCCUGAACUGAACGGCAUCGGAGAAAAUGAUCAGUCACAGAUGAGCCUUUCCUCAUCGCCUUACUUCUUCUUUGACGUCUUCUACGUCCAUGAACCUCCAACUGAAGACAAUUUCUGCAAGGAAAUCUACGACGUGUUUUUGAACCUAGACAUCCAUAACACUUCUUACAUCCACGAGGUGGGACGAGACAGUUCUAUGCUCCGGCACAAAAUGGCCAUGCUGAUUGCCCACCCACUCCAGAGACCCCAACAGACCCAAUGUGAAUACAAAAUCUUCAGAGACGAAUGAAAGCCGCCACGAGACUUUGAAAACUUUGAGGCCUGUUUCCUUAUUGUACAAGACGUUGGUUGGAGAAAAGUUUCUGGUGAUGAUGUUGGAGGAACACUCUAUCGAGCAGUUUGUAUGGUUUUUGUAAAACUCACCACUCACACUGCUUACCCAGUUAAUCAAACAAAGAUAUUUUUCUCAAGUUACCAACUUAGCUACUGAAAAGGCAUUCACCUUAUCUUUGAAAAAAAAAACUCUUUGGAAAGACAGGCUCUGCUAACUAUGACCAUUUAUAUAUUUCAGGUCAUUCUAGUUUAUAAGCAAUUUACAAAAGUCUGUUUAAUCAUUUGGCUAAAGUUCUACCAUACAUGCAGAUAAAGUUCUUCCAAAGAUGUAAAUAUUUGACUACAAGCCCCAGAACAACUCACAUUCCAUCUUCAAGACACCAGAACAUUGUGAGCUUGAGGAUUUCUAUAUAGUAUUCUUAGGUUCCCAAUAUCAACAAUAGGACCUUGACACUACCCCCCCCCCCCCAAUCAGACAGCCCAAGCCCCGCCCCCUCCUUUUAGUAUCUGUCAUAUAUUUUUCAGGCUUUCCAUAUUUCUCUUGCUGUUCUCUCUAUUCGGCUGCAAAUGGAUCUGUUGGGCAAGGCUGAAAAAAAAGAGAAUAGAAAUUCAUGUUAAUAUUCACAAACUGGCUGAGAAAUUACUUUAUGUACUCUCCCUGGAUGCAGAUGUGCUUUAGAAAGCCUGGAAGAUCGGUAGCUUGUUUAUUUUCAGUGUUGAGUUUAAGAGAAAAUUGUACUAUAAAAUUAUUAUUUUAAUUGUGAAUUCAUUUCUUGCAUUUCUACAUGUUUUAUUCAAUGAUGAAAUUCAAUCAAGUUUAUGCUUAAUAAAAAUCACACUUAAUAAUACCUUGUAAGCCAUCAGCAGAACUAAGAUACAAUAAAAUGUACAAACUGCAUAUUUUAACCC